AUGGAACUAUCAUUAGCAUUGACGACAACAGAGCAUAAUCUAUCGCCUUCAGAGGCACAUCCAAACACUAUGGACUUUCUGUCUCGCGAAUGGUGUAAUUUCGCUGUUCAAUCGCUUCAGCCCGACCAUAUCCUCUACGAUCGUUCCAUUGUUCCCGUCGAGACAUCGAUCGCCAAGUUUCAAGGCGACUCGAGUCCUGUUUCUUGCGCUAUGAUGGAUAAGAGUAUGAAGAUGGACGAUCCAGAUUUUAAGCCUUCGUUACCUUCCUGGAAAACUAGUGAUGUGAAGUCAUGGAUAUGGAUGCAACAAGCAAUGCACCCGGAAUUGAGCUAUGAAGGCUUUUUCCGCAAGAAACUUAAACUUCCCUGGAAGAUUACGCCGUCGAUAAAGAAGUGGUGGAAAGAGAUAAAAGCGAAACGAAAGGAAGAAGUGAGGCUACAGAGAGCUGAAGUCCACGCUGCCGUGUCCUUGGCUGGUCUAGCCGCUGCUCUUGCCGCUGUAGCCUCCGAGAACGCCGGAAAAGAUAGCGGAAACGUUCGACCGAGCACGAGAGAGACUGCUGUGGCUUCGGCGGCGGCUGUAGUGGCAGCACAGUGUGCGCAGAUGGCGGAGACAAUGGGAGCAAACAGAGAUCAACUCAGCACAAUGAUUGGUUCCGCCAUGACCGGAACAAGUGUUAGUGAGAUACUCACUCUCACUGCCUCAGCUACAACUUCAUUGAGAGGUGCUGCGACGCUGAAAGCAAGAAGAGGUUGCAAGAUAAAUAGAUUGAACGGCUCUGCGCCUGUAUUGCCUAUUGAAGACUCUUCUUACUUGCCUCCUGAGUUCGACAAGAACACAUCCAUACUUGCUAAAGGAACCGAUCUCUUUGUUGAAACACCAGAUGGGGAUUUCAAGGCUAGGACAGUGUCUAUGGUCUUAAACAAAGACGGACAGGUGAUUCUUAAAAUGAAGAAACAUAACCUACUCAGGACUAAUAAACAAAGUAUUGUGACGAAUGUUCAUGUGGAACUUUACAAGGAUUCGGAUAGCGAAGACAACAACAUAGAGGACACUUGUUAUCUCAUUGUCCUGAGGACGAACAGAGGAGAUAUCAAACUAGACAUGGCGGAUGAUUACAGUCGUUACAAGACAUGGGUCACAACGAUCCAACACAUGCUCACUCUCUCUUCUUCUUUACGUACAAAUUACGAUCUCACUUUUUACAACAAAAACUGAAAUUUUCUUCUGUCUUCUUCAUCCUUUUUCUCUAUGUAAUAUUACUUUUCUUGGCCAUGUUUUAUGUAUCUCCUCCUCUGUUUCUUAUGUAUCUCUCGUUUGAUCUUAUAAUAUAAUGCAUAACAACUUGAGAACUUACGUUCUUUUAGACCCCACA